CUCGAGAAAUAUCACAAAACGCCAUUAACGAUUUUUAAAAUUUAAUUUGAUUGUCCAGUAUAAAAAUAAAAAUAAAAAAAGCUCUCUAACUCGAGAAGAGAGAAGAUCUACGAACUGCAGAAAGAAACAGAAACAGUGUCGUAUUAAAAUUAAAUCCCAGUGAGAGCGAAAAUGAAAGUGGAUAAAGUUCGGUUCUUUAAUUGAACGGAGAGAGAGGGAGGAGGGCGGGAUUUAAAAGCGAAGAAUACAGAAAGAGGAAAGCCAGUGACCAGUUUCUUUGUGAAUCAGAGAUUCAGAGAGAGCGGGGAGAGGAAGAGGAUACCAAGUUUUGAAGUCUUAGGGUUAGGGUUAGAGUUAGGGUUAGAGUUAGGGCUUUGUUGAUAAAGAUGACGGAUGUGAUAUUGCAUAUAUACGAUGUGACGAAUAGUGGAUCGGAGAAGACCAACAACACCAUUAUGCAGAUCAACAAGAUUUUCAAGGACGGUAUUGGCUUCGGCGGAAUCUUUCACAGCGCUGUUCAGGUUUAUGGAGAUGAUGAAUGGUCUUUUGGGUUUUGCGAACACGGAACUGGAGUUUUUAAUUGCCCUUCUGGGAAGAACCCAAUGUACACAUACCGUGAGAGCAUUGUACUAGGAACAACUAACUUCUCUAUCUUUAAGGUGAAUCAGAUAUUGCGGGAACUGAGUAGAGAAUGGCUUGGAAGUUCAUAUGACUUGCUAUCCAAGAACUGCAAUCACUUUUGUGAUGAGUUCUGUGAAAGGCUUGGUGUGCCAAAACUUCCAGGUUGGGUUAAUCGUUUUGCAAAUGCCGGUGAUGCAGCUUUGGAAGUAGCUGGAAAUACAGCAUUACGGUUUAGGCAAGCCAAGGCAGAGAUCGUAUCAGCUAGCAAAGUGGCAUAUCGUUUCCUUGUAGGUGUUGCUUCUAGUAAUGGGCCUGCACAUGAUUCACCUGGCAAUUCAAACAGAGGAAGCCCUAGAAUUCAAGCAACUUGGUUUAAAAACCUAAUUACUUCGGGUGCCAAACCAUCUAGUAGCACAGAAGUAGACAAUCAGGAAGAAGUGCAUCUUCGGCAGCAACAUGAGCAAGUGUCAGAUUUACCACCGCGGCAGAAUUCACAACAAUUGUCAGAUUUACCACCACGGCAGAAUUCACAACAAUGGGAGUCGGACAUACCAGCACUUGAGAAUUCCCGGCAUGAUGUAUGAGGAAGCAAUUUGUUAAAGCGCUGUCAUCUGUAUGAGUUGAAACUUGCAAUAGAACAUCACAGUAAUUGAUUGUGUAAUACUGUAAAAUUUUCAUUGAUUUUACCUACUGAAUUUGUCGUAAUGGUACUUUAAAGCUCGCAUUGAAAAGUGUGUUAAAUCUGUUAGUAUGAUUCUUCUUUCA